GGGAGAAGAGCCACUAGCAGUAGACUGACUGCGCGGAGCUGUUCUGUCAUAACACAGUGUCUGAGCGGUGAAGGAACUGCGUAGCCAUGAGUGGGGAGACAGAGAGCAUGUCCUCAGACCACGAGAGACAGUCUGAGGAGGAGGCCGAGCCAAAAGGCGACUCCGACUACAUGCCGCCAGACGAGGCGGCCGCGCAGCAGCAAGAAAGACAGCGCAAACUUUCAUCCUGCAACCUGACCAGUCCGCUCAAGAGCGAGCCUUCUGGGGAAUACGACCAGAAGCUGGUCAAGGACAGAGUGAAGAGGUUUGACUUUCUCCUCAAGCAGACUGAGAUCUUCACUCACUUCAUCAAUGCACCCGGAGCCAAGACCCCAGCUUCCCCCCUCAAGCUGACUCCGCCCUCUAACUUCCCUCGAAAGGAGAGACGUCGUCACCCCUCGGCCUCCACGCGGCACCGUCUGUCGGAGGCGGAUGAGGACGAGGACCUGCUGACAGACAAUGAGCUGGAGGAGGUGGCAAUCACUAGGUUUGCAGACAAUCCCUGGUACAUCAAGAAUGGAGAGAUGAGAGACUACCAGAUCCGAGGUCUAAACUGGAUGAUCUCUCUCUACGAGAAUGGCAUCAACGGAAUCCUUGCGUAGCCAUGAGUGGGGAGACAGAGAGCAUGUCCUCAGACCACGAGAGACAGUCUGAGGAGGAGGCCGACCCAAAAGGCGACUCCGACUACAUGCCGCCAGACGAGGCGGCCGCGCAGCAGCAAGAAAGACAGCGCAAACUUUCAUCCUGCAACCUGACCAGUCCGCUCAAGAGCGAGCCUUCUGGGGAAUACGACCAGAAGCUGGUCAAGGACAGAGUGAAGAGGUUUGACUUUCUCCUCAAGCAGACUGAGAUCUUCACUCACUUCAUCAAUGCACCCGGAGCCAAGACCCCAGCUUCCCCCCUCAAGCUGACUCCGCCCUCUAACUUCCCUCGAAAGGAGAGACGUCGUCACCCCUCGGCCUCCACGCGGCACCGUCUGUCGGAGGCGGAUGAGGACGAGGACCUGCUGACAGACAAUGAGCUGGAGGAGGUGGCAAUCACUAGGUUUGCAGACAAUCCCUGGUACAUCAAGAAUGGAGAGAUGAGAGACUACCAGAUCCGAGGUCUAAACUGGAUGAUCUCUCUCUACGAGAAUGGCAUCAACGGAAUCCUCGCUGAUGAGAUGGGUCUGGGUAAAACACUGCAGACCAUCUCUCUACUGGGCUACAUGGUCCUCAUGCGCGACGUUCCCGGACCCCACAUUGUGAUCGCCCCCAAAUCAACUCUCAGUAAUUGGGUGGGAGAGUUCAAACGCUGGUGUCCAUCUCUCAUCACCAUCUGCCUCAUUGGGAGCGCUGAGGAGAGGAAAAGGAUAAUCAGUGAAGAGAUAAUGCCGGGGGAGUGGAAUGUGGUCAUCACCUCGUAUGAGAUGGUGCUCCGGGAGAAGACCACCUUCAAGAAAUUCAACUGGCGCUACCUUGUCAUCGACGAGGCCCACCGCAUCAAGAACGAGAAGUCGAAAUUGUCGGAGAUAGUUCGAGAGUUCCGGACCACCAACCGGCUCCUCCUGACUGGGACUCCACUGCAGAACAACCUCCACGAGCUCUGGGCUCUCCUCAACUUCCUCCUCCCCGACGUCUUCAACUCUGCUGAGGAUUUUGAUGCGUGGUUCAACCAGAGUAAACUGGAGGACAAGAAGUUGGUUGAUCGGCUGCACACCGUCCUCAGGCCCUUCCUGCUCAGGAGACUGAAAGCUGAGGUGGAGAAGAAACUUCCUCCGAAGAAGGAGGUCAAGAUUUAUGUCGGCCUCUCCAAGAUGCAGAGAGAAUGGUACACAAAGAUCCUGAUGAAAGAUAUUGAUGUGGUGAACGGAGCUGGUCGCCAGGGGAAAAUGCAGCUUCUCAACAUUCUGAUGCAGCUACGCAAGUGUUGCAACCACCCCUACCUUUUUGACGGAGCGGAGCCAGGUCCUCCGUACACCACAGAUUUUCACAUUGCGGAGAACUCUGGGAAGAUGAUGGUUCUCCACAAACUGCUCCCGCGCCUGAAGGAGGAAGGUCAUCGGGUCCUCAUCUUCUGUCAGAUGACGAGGAUGUUGGAUAUACUGGAGGACUACUGUCUGUGGAAGGAGUACUGCUACUGUCGACUGGAUGGAAACACAGCUCACGUGGACCGUCAGAACUACAUUGACGACUACAACAGUCCUCAGAGUGACAAGUUUGUCUUCAUGCUGUCCACCAGAGCAGGAGGACUGGGGAUUAACCUGGCCUCUGCUGAUACUGUCAUUCUCUUUGACUCUGACUGGAACCCUCAGGUUGACCUGCAGGCUCAGGACAGAGCUCACCGAAUAGGGCAGCGUAGUACGGUGCGUGUGUUUCGACUGAUAGUGGAGAACACUGUGGAGGAGAGGAUCGUGGAGAGAGCCGAGACAAAACUCCGUCUGGACAAGAUUGUCAUCCAGCAAGGUCGGCUGGUUGACUCCCAUCAUAAAGUUGGUGGCGAGGAGAUGCUGUCGAUGAUAAGACAUGGGGCAAAUGUCGUCUUCUCGUCCAAGGACUCCAUGACCUCUGAAGAGGACAUUGAUGAGAUACUCAAGAAAGGGAGAGAAGAAGACUGAGGAGUUGCACGAGAAGCUCAAGACACUAGGAGAGAGUGAACUGCGCAGUUUCUCACUGGACGUGCCAACUGGCAGUGUGUACCAGUUUGAAGGCGAGGACUUCAGGGAGAAGAGGAAGGAGAUUCCUGGCCUCUACUGGAUCGAGCCUCCAAAGAGGGAGCGCAAGGCUAACUAUGCCAUCGAUGCUUACUUCAGAGAGGCCCUGCGUAUGUCUGAACCGAGAGCUCCCAAGGCUCCUAGACCACCCAAACAACCGUCAGUCCAAGAUCACCAAUUCUAUCCUCCUAGACUGUUUGAACUCUUAGACAAAGAGAUAUACCUCUUCAGGAAGCAGAUUGGCUACAAGGUACCUCUGAACCCUGAGGCAGAGGACCCCGAAGCCUACCGCAAGGAGGAGCAGGAAAAGAUAGACUCAGCCACUCCGCUGACCGAGGAGGAGCUGGCAGAGAAAGAGAAACUACUCCAAGAAGGGUUCUCUGACUGGAGUCGGAGAGACUUCAACCAGUUUGUGCGGCUGUGUGGGGAGUACGGGAGGGACGACGUGGACUCCAUCUGUAAGGAGGUGGAGGGAAAGACUGAAGAGGAGGUGAGAGCGUAUGCCAAGGUGUUCUGGGAGCGAAGGGAGGAGCUGACUGACCUGGACAGAGUCAUGGCCAUCAUUGAGAAAGGAGAACAGAAGAUCCAGCGAAGAAAAGACAUCAAGAGAGCUCUUGAGGCCAAGAUGUCCCGCUAUCGCAGCCCCUUCCACCAGCUACACAUUGUCUACGGCACAAACAAGGGAAAGAACUACACCGAAGAGGAGGAUAGGUUCCUGAUAUGCAUGCUGCACAAGCUGAGUUUUGACAGAGAGAAUGUGUAUGACGAGAUCAGGACGGCCAUUCGCAAUGCUCCUCAGUUCAGAUUUGACUGGUUUAUCAAAUCUCGGACAGCUCUGGUAUGCCUAUUUCCUCUCUCUGUCACACUGUGCUGACUUCAACCAGUACCACCAGUAUCAUAACGUGUUGAUAAGUCCAAGCUUCUUACAUGUGUUUGUGUGUUAGGAGCUCCAGCGAAGGUGCAAUACGCUCAUCACUCUAAUUGAGAAAGAGAACCAGGAACUGGAGGAAGAGGAAAAGAAGCAACGAAAGAGAGGUCCAAAAGUCAAGGUGACGGUCACUCCUCAGAGAGUGAGUACAGGGCAGAAGAGGAAGGCGGAGACUGGGGCGGAGUCUGCACGAGGCCGUGGGAAGAAAAGAAAGACAUAGUUCGCUGGACUUCUUGUGCUGCCAUUUUCACAUCUCAUUUAAACAAUGUUCAGCACAGCCUCACAAUUCAUCAAACGAACGAAAUUAAAAACUAUUUUACAGAACAUGCAACCGAAAAUGCUAAGAGAGUCAGGCAUUUUUGAAGAGGAGGUCGUAGCUAAGCAAUGAGUCUGCGAUGACAUCACACAGUGAGAGAACAUGGAAUGGGGGUUUCCCCUCCAGGUCCUUGGCACGUGGUAGAGAGUCAGUCACCCAGAACUUGGCAAACAAGACUUCAGACUCUCCAGGUAAGAAGGUUUUCCAGGAAUCUCCAGGGAAGACAGGAUGAGUGACAAACACACUGAUACUGGCUGCACCUCGCUCCUGCAACACCUUUGCACACUCCAUAAUGGUACCACCAGUUUGUAUCAGAUCAUCCACAAUCACCACAUCCCAGCCUCGUGGAUCUCCAUCUUUGAUGGCGACCACACGUUUAUCUCCAUUUCUGACUUUCCCACAGAUGAUGGCAUUGGCACCCCAGUCUUCAAGAUCAGAUUUGAACCUUUUGCUGGCUCCUUCGUCAGGAAAUACCACCAUGACUUUCUUUCCUUCCUCCUCCAUGUUCCUCAGCUGC